AUGCUGGUUUCAACUACAGUGGUGGUCAUUGUCGUUACCGUAUUCUUCCAGGGAACCACGAUCAAACCACUAGUGCGCCUACUAAAUGUGAAAACCCAAGAACCUCAACAGAAGACGGUCACGCAACAAGUGCUAACCCACAGUGGCGAUGACAUGAUGGCUGGUGUCGAGGCUAUAAUCGGAAUGCGAGGAUCGAAUUAUUGGCGGAGGCGUCUCUCGGAGUUCAAUCACAACUAUGUCCAACCCACCCUGAUGCGUACGCCGACGUCACGCGGUGAAAAGCUAAUGGAGAAGUACUCGGCACUUUCAGCGGAAGAACAACGAAUGAGAUUACUUGAACGAUAUGGCGUAUGA